CUCUCAGCGGAUGAAUGGAAGCAGCAAUGCUGACCACUACCCUCCUCCUGCUGUGUAUUGCCUGUGCAAAUGCUUUUAUGUUUAUUAGGGAAUGCGUCGACAGUCGGGGCCCAGACGGAACGUUUCCUGUCCCGUGUUGCCCCCUGUAUAAUGGAUCACCUUGUGGGGAAAGCUUUGGUCGGGGGACAUGUGUGCUUGUAAAGAAGACCAGAUCAGGGGAUGUACAAGACAGACAUAUUGACGAGCGAUAUGGCUUCCCCCAGGCCUUCUACAGUACGAUCUGUCAGUGCGCCGGUAACUACGAUGGUCCUAUGUGCGCUGAGUGUAAGCACGGUUACAUGGGGGAUGACUGUAGCAUACCGUACAGCGUUCUGAGGAAGGAAAUCCGCCAGAUGUCACUGCUAGAAUGGAGAAACUUUAAGGCUGCAUUGAAUUACUGCAAAGUGGUGAUUGACCCUUAUUAUUAUUUAAUGAAAGCUUUGGAUCGCCUUAGCUCAGAGAGCUAUGUGUUCAUUACUGCCUCCUACUAUGACGUAUGGUGCUAUAAUCACUUCUACGCGACCCUACCUUUCAUCAAUAACACCCGAGAGAACAACAUCAUCAAUUACGCCCAUUAUUCCACCGGCUUCCUCUCCUUCCACCGUUAUCUAUUGCUCAAACUAGAGAACCAGCUGCAUAGGUGCAUGAAUGACCCAGAUAUUGCCAUUCCUUACCUUGACUGGAGCCAGGACAUUGGUAAUGAACUUUUCACUGACGAGUACUUUGGAUCAGUCGGCAGCAAUGGAAGAAUAACGGAGAACAGUGUUUUCUCCACUUGGCACCUGACAUGUGGCGGAUAUCAGUAUCCUCAAACCGCUUGUUUAAUGGAGGAUUGCAGAUGUCAGAACCCGGGGAUUGAACGUCAAAUCUUUGAUCUAAAUGUUCCUUUAUCAACAAGAGCCGAUAUAAACUACUGCUUAAGUAUAGACGUGCUGGACACUGCACCAUUCACCUGGGGAGUUACAUCAUUCCGCAACUGCCUGGAAGGUAACAUAAAUCGUUAUGGCCAAAGCGCAACGACCAAUCACAACGCGUUCCAUAUGGUUGUGGGCGGUACUAUGAGCCAAGUUCCUAUUUCCUGCAAUGACCCCUGUUUUAUGUUCCACCAUUCAUUCAUCGAGAAGAUAUUCUGCAUAUAUAGUGAGAAAAUACAGAUCACCCCUGAUGAUUAUCCCCCCGACAACCACAUCUAUGGGCACGGAGCAAAUGACUGCAUUACACCGUACACCAGCUGUGUUAAGCAAAAGGAAAUGUUUGUUUCAUGCGCUAGUCUGGGAGUUCAGUACACUAGUUACAGGGAUCUGUAGACUAUGGUGACAGGACGGCGCAGAAAGGACGGUGAAUUCCUGCACUUCUCUGCAUUCACAGAUCUUCCGGAAAUAAUAUGCAAUAAUAAGAUUUAAUGAUUUAAAAGAUGGUCAUAAAGACUCAUCCGCAUCAGAACACGUUCAAUGAAAUAAAACAAAUUUACAUAUAAUCAGUCAGGAGAGAUGAAACUCCUCAGAACAUUGAUUGCAAUUUGUAUUAGCCAAUCAUAUUUUAGUGAAUUAUUAUACAGUAAAUUGUAGCCUAUAUCUGCAUAAUAAAGAUUUUCU